CCCGAACCCCGGGUGGGAGGGGUGGGCCUGGGAAGGUUGCGGCGGCGGCCGCCGCGGCCCCGGCACCUAGGGCUGUACCCGGGCCGAGCCUGCGCCGGGGACUCUUCCGCCGCCUCCUCGGGCGGCGCUCACCCGGCUCAGAUGGUGGGUCCGGAGGAUGCCGGAGCCUGCUCGGGAAGAAACCCCAAGUUACUCCCCGUGCCGGCGCCCGAGUCGGCGGGCCAGGACGGGAAGAUGAUCCGGGCCACGGGCGGCUUUGGCGGAGGCGUCGGCGCUGUGGAGCCGCCGGAGGAGGGGGAGGAGGAGGAGGAAACGCCGCCUCAGCAGCUCCUUCGGCGUUACCUCGCGGCGGCCGGGGGGCAGCUGGAGCCCGGGCUGUGCUCCUGUCCGCUCCCCGCCGGCCCGUGCCGCGCUCCCGCGCCCUCGGCAGCCCCGCACCAAGCCCCGGGCUCCAAGCACCGAGGCGCGGAGGCGGCGGAUGCCAGCGCGCCGCGGCACGGAGGCAUGACCAACGGGGACUCGGGCUUUCUGCCGGGCCGGGACUGUCGCGACCUGCAGGAGGCUCGCGGGCUGGCGCGCGCCGGCGGUCGGGAUCCACGCCACCACCGCCUCCACCUGGAGGGGCCCGGCGACGAGGGCUCGGACGCUGCGGGCCGCCGGUCCGACUGGGCCACACCGCUCGAGGACCCGCUGCGGAGCUGCUGCCUGGCGGCGGCGGAGGACAGCCCAGCCAGCGGCGGCGGCAGCAGCAGCGAGGACUCGGAGCCGCCGGGAGCCGGAGCCGGGGGUCCCGAGGAAGGCGCGUCCCCCGCCACCUCGGCCGAGAGGACUAGAGGGGGCGCAGGCGCGGAGCCGCGCUCCGGCUUCUCCGACGUCCACCUGAACUCGCGGAACACGUUCGAGGUGAGCCGCCGCCAGAGCGCCCGUGACCACCUGCCCCCGGCGGGGCCGCCGGUGCCCUCGUCCGUCGCGGAGCAGGGCCCCGCGGGGACCUCGGCCCGGGCUCGACGGAGCGGCGGCUUCGCCGACUUCUUUGCCAGAAACCUUUUUUCAAAAAGGACAAAGGAACUCAAAUCAGUUGUCCAUAGUGCUCCUGGUUGGAAAUUAUUUGGUCAAGUUCCUCCCAGAGAGAAUCUUCAGAAAACUUCCAAAAUUAUUCAGCAGGAAUAUGAAGCACGAACAGGGAGGGCCUGUAAACCACCACCUCAGUCUUCAAGACGUAAGAAUUUUGAAUUUGAGCCACUUUCUACCACUGCCCUCAUUCUUGAGGAUCGACCAUCAAAUCUUCCUGCCAAAUCUGUGGAAGAAGCUUUACGUCACCGACAAGAAUAUGAUGAGAUGGUGGCUGAGGCUAAAAAACGAGAAAUUAAAGAAGCACAUAAAAGGAAAAAAAUAAUGAAAGAACGAUUUAAACAAGAAGAAAAUAUUGCAAAUGCAAUGGUAAUUUGGAUCAAUGAAAUAUUGCCCAAUUGGGAAGUAAUGCGUAGUACAAGAAGAGUUCGAGAAUUGUGGUGGCAGGGAUUGCCCCCUAGUGUUCGUGGGAAAGUUUGGAGUCUAGCUGUAGGAAAUGAACUAAAUAUCACUCCUGAACUUUAUGAAAUCUUCCUAUCAAGAGCGAAAGAACGGUGCAAAAGCCUCAGUGAAACAAGUUCAGAGAAUGAUACAGAAGGUGUAUCUAUUGCUGAUCGGGAGGCCAGUCUGGAAUUAAUUAAGUUGGACAUAUCCCGUACAUUUCCAUCUCUCUACAUCUUUCAGAAGGGUGGCCCAUAUCAUGAUGUUUUACAUAGUAUCUUAGGGGCAUAUACAUGUUACAGACCUGAUGUUGGUUAUGUCCAAGGGAUGUCCUUCAUAGCAGCAGUUCUUAUUCUCAAUUUGGAAGAGGCAGAUGCCUUCAUUGCGUUUGCAAAUCUCCUGAAUAAGCCAUGCCAGUUGGCCUUCUUCCGUGUGGAUCACAGCAUGAUGUUGAAAUAUUUUGCAACAUUUGAAGUAUUUUUUGAAGAAAAUCUCUCCAAACUAUUUCUUCAUUUCAAAUCUUAUAGUCUUACACCAGACAUAUACUUGAUAGACUGGAUCUUCACCCUAUAUAGCAAAUCACUACCACUUGAUCUGGCAUGUCGAGUUUGGGAUGUAUUUUGCAGAGAUGGAGAAGAAUUUUUAUUUAGGACUGGAUUAGGGAUCCUGCGAUUAUAUGAAGAUAUUCUCCUGCAGAUGGAUUUUAUUCAUAUAGCACAAUUUCUAACUAAAUUACCAGAAGAUAUUACAUCAGAAAAGCUGUUCAGCUGUAUUGCAGCGAUUCAGAUGCAGAAUAGCACCAAAAAAUGGCCUCAGGUCUUUGCAUCUGUAAUGAAGGAUAUUAAAGAAGGAGACAAGAAUAAUAGUCCUACUCUGAAAAGCUAAUCUUCAAAAUUAACAGACUAAUUGGAAUAUAAGUGUCUUUUGAUAAAAGUUUUUUGUUUUCUAUGUAAAAAGGAUGGAGAAACCUAAAAGAAUCAAGACAUGGAAAACUGCUGAUUUUGAAUUCCAUGGCUGAAGUAAAGGAAAUAAGUAACCUAUUGACAGUAUUAAUUUUUUUAAAAGUAUUUUGUAGGGAGCGUCAUUUUACAAAAGAAAAAGUUUAAAUGACUAGUUUAUACUCCAUAAUUUGGAGUGAACAGUAAUGCAAUAAAAAAUUUUUUAACAGCUUUGAAGAUACUUUAAACUUUACAUCUUUUUUUUUUUUUAAGUUACCAUACAAAAGCACUUUGGAGGUCAGAGCAGGAUUGUUAAAUACUACUUUAACUUCCAAAAUACUAUUUGAAAUAAACACCUUAGUACAGAUAUUGUCUAUCUCAAGUUCUGACCUUUUGAAGAUUUUUAUAGUCCAAGAAUAAGCAAUUUUGGUUGUAAAUUAUUUAAGUUACUGAAGUUGUUUAUCUUCAUUCACAGGUUGGGGCAAAUCUUGGUUAUCUGGGAACUGGAAAUACUUGGGAAGUUGAUUUUCAUAUGUUUUUCGACUGUAUCAUGUCUAUUUGUUUUUUAAAGAGAAUUUUUUUCCCUUAAGUAAUCCCUAUUAAAGAAAUUUAGCCUUUCUGUUUCUAGUUUAAAAAAAUUGUUCAUCUAGUAAUUUAAGAAAGCUAAUUGGUAGAAUCUUUGCACUUUAGUGGACUGAAGACUUGAUUUGAGGAGUAAGUCCAUAAAUAUGAGAUUUUUUUUUUUCCACUGGUAAGAGUAAAAAUGUAUGAAUUCUGACAGUUAUUGGCAAGACUUGAGAUUUUUUAGUUAAAAUUCCUUCACUGUUUGUAGAAAUAAAAUUUGUUAAUUUCAGUUUGAAAUUUGAAAUCUUAAUAUGUAACCAAGUCUAUGACUUGUAAAAUACUGUGCAUAAUUUUCUAAUCAACGUAAAUAAGAGUAAAAGAUAAAGUGAAAUUUUUUCUAAUGAGUCUAACUUUGAUGGUAUAGUGGAUAGACAAAUUAUUAAUUAUUGGUAAAUUGACAUUAAAUUUAUUAUAAUAUGUUUAAUUCUUAUUCCUAAAAUAAAUCACUUGAAUAUUAUGAGUGAUAUAUAAUAUGUUGUUUGGUUAAUAACAUAUAUAGUGUGCUUUUAUGUUGCAGUUUGGUUUGAAACAACACAGCACACUAUUUCUGUUAGUGGUAUAUUGUCUUCAAACUAACAAGCCUGAGAAUCUUGUUAGUGUAGUGACUGCCUCUUUAGGAGUAUGGGACCAGAUGUGCCCAGAUAUUUUUACCCCAUGGGUCAUUCUAGCCUAGGGACCACUAGUGGAACCCUCAGAAGUUAACUCCUGUCAUAGGAGCUUCCUUAGUGGAAACUAGUAGUGUAAUAAAAUAUUGAGGGAGUACCCAGGGUCUUAUAAAAGGUUUUACAAUAACAUUUUGACUCUGGUAAAUACUUCCUUCACAUUGGUGACCCUGAUAGAGGGAAUGUAAGCCCUGCAGUAAUCUCAUUGAGGUUAUUCUACCUGCCUGAGUUUAAUCUUCCUUUUGUGUAUUUCUUUCCUGAGUUGGACCUAAGUUACUGUAUUUCUUUUUCUCAUCUUUAUUAUUGUACAGUUUCUUUACCUUUCAAGUAUAAAUGUAUAUAUAAAAUGUAAAUACAAGGAAUUCACUAAAAACCACUAUUAACAAGUACUGUGUAAAUAAAACUUGUAAGCAGA